UGGCCGUUGCUCUUUGCAGAUUCCCGAACGGCGUUUGGGACGGGAUGCCUGGGGCCAGGAACCCGGAGCCAGUUUGCUGAAUUACUCUCCCAGUCCCCCAAGUCUCCGGGGAAGGUCCGCGGGGUGCCUCCAAGGGCCAGCCCAGGUCGAGGCACACUUGGAAGCCAUUUUCCAGACCUUUGGCCGCAGGUGUAAAAGACUCCCCACCCGGCCAAGAUGCUGAAACAGAUACUGGCGGAGAUGUACAUAGAUCCCGACUUGUUGGCAGAGCUCAGCGAAGAACAGAAACAGAUCCUGUUCUUCAAGAUGAGGGAGGAGCAGAUCCGCCGAUGGAAAGAGAGAGAAGCAGCAAUGGAAAACAAGGAGGGCCUGCCAGUGAAAUCCAGACCAAAGAAAGAGAAUGGCAAGUCUGUUCACUGGAAGCUGGGAGCCGACAAGGAAGUCUGGGUCUGGGUGAUGGGCGAACACCAUCUCGACAAACCCUACGACGUGCUCUGUGAUGAAAUUCUUGCCGAGAGAGCCCGGCUGAAGGCGGAGCAGGAGGCAGAAGAGCUCAGGAAAACCCAGUCCGGAGGAUUCACCAGCAGCUUGAAGGCAAAGUCACACUCCUCCGACCUGCCGGUGUCAGGUGACCGGGAGACCCAGAACGUGUGUACGAAGGCGGCAGAGGAGGGGGGACCGGGGCCAGGCGGUGGGCCGACCCCACCCGUCAAAGAGGAGAACGUCCCCUCACCCUCUGGUUCCUUCAGAAAUAUUCAACAAAUGUUGGCAGACUCUAUCAAUCGGAUGAAGGGAUACAGAUUUCGCCAGAAGAAAGAAUCCGUGAAGAAAACACAAGGUGAAGAAAUAAAACAAAUAGAUGAAGAGAAAACCAAACAGAUUUAUAAGAACUGGAAAGAAGAUUCGGAGUGGCAGGCCUCUUUGCGAAAAUCCAAAGCAGCUGAUGAGAGGAGGCGCUCUUUGGCCAGACAGGCGCGGGAAGACUACCAGAGGCUUUCCCAAAGAGGGAGAAAAAGCGGGGGCCGCAGAACUCCCAGGGUGCCCCCGCAACCCAGAAGGCCCCCUCUUCCCCCCAAGCCUCAGUUCCUGAGCUCAACCGGACACCCUGACAAACCUCUCAGGCAUCAGGGAGUGACGAGGACGGCGUCCAGCUCUCUCCAGGAGGACAUCGUCCGCUGGUUCAGGGAGGAGCAGGUCCCGCUGCGAGCGGGCUACCUGGGGGCUUCGGACAGCAUCGCCCCCUGGUUCCACGGAAUCCUCACGGUGAAGAGGGCCAACGAGCUGCUCAGCGCCUGCGUGCCGGGCAGCUUCCUGGUGCGGGUCAGCGACAGGACCCGAGGCUACGCCCUGUCCUACCUGUCGGACAGCGGCUGCAAACACUUCCUGAUCGACGCCUCCGCGGGCUCCUACAGCUUCCUGGGCGUGGACCAGCUGCGGCACGCCAGCCUGGCCGACCUGGUGGAGUACCACAAGGACGAGCCCAUCACUUCCCUGGGGAAGGAGCUCCUCCUGCACCCCUGUGGUCAGCAGGAGGAGCCACCCGACUACCUGGCGCUCUUUGAGUGACAGCCCCCGUCCUGUCCCCCUGCGGCCGCCGGCCGGGCUGUCGCCUGGACAGACACCAGCGGCACGGACACUGAUGUGUGAAGCCACAGCACCCUGCAGCGAGCCAAGCCCGAUCACCCCGAGGGAUCUCGGGGCCCCACGGAGACCUCUCUUCUAAGCAGUUGCUGGCGUUGACCCCUACGAGGGAACGCCCCCUGCAUCCUCUGCCCUCCAGACGUCGAGGGAGAAGGGUCCCCCUCUCUGGAGCCUUUUCUGAUGUCUGAAAUGAACACAGGAGAGAUGGGAACCUUUUAGGAAUGGAAGUGUACCUCACAGCGGAACUCUUUCCUGCCCUCUCUGCCCAUCUCAGAAGGCCUCAGGGCCCGAUGGUGCGAAGUGGGGCGCUGGCUUUGGGGAGAGGGCAGAAAAGCCUUUCCUCCUGGCUGAGCCGACCCCCCACCCCCACCCCACACACCUUUCUGUGCACGUGGGAGCCAGGACGUCAGAGACGCAGGAAAACGCAAGGUGGGAAUGUUGCAAAUGGAAUGAGGAGUUUGAAGUCAGAGGGUGAGAGGCUGAUUGCGUCCAGAGACACUCGGGGGAUGGCAGGAGUGUGAGGGAGCCGUCUGGGUGAGCCUCCUCGCCCUGGAGGGGCGGGUCAGGGCUCCCUGGAGGCCGCGGCUGUAGCCAGGACCACAUCGAGAAGGGUGAACCGUGAUGUGCGGGGUGUGAGCGGGCAGACGAGGGCAGAAGGGUGAACGGCUUGGACACGUGGGUUGAAUGGUGUCCCCCUAAAGAUAUGGUGAAGCCCUAACCCCCUGUACCUGUGAAUGUGACCUUAAUCAGGGCCUUUGUGGAUGUGAUCAAGUCGAGAUGAGGUCAUACUGGAUUGGGGGGUGCCCCAAGCCAAUGAUGGGCGCUCUCAUAAGGAGAGAGGGGUUGGGAAACCGAGGCACACCCAGAGGGAAGGUGGUCGUGGGACAGCAGAGGCAGAGCCAGGUGCUGAGCUGCAGGCCAGGGGACCAGAGAGCUGGGCCAGCGGCGUGGAGCGACGCCCCCCAGGACCCCCUUCUGGCCUCCAGCACGAUGAGCAAAUAAAUGUCUUUUGUC